AUCACAAUUAUGUAUCAACACAGCAAUCGUGUACAUGCAUCGCUUCUAUGUGUUCCACUCAUUUACACACUUCCCAUGGCACCAGAUGGCAGCAGCUGCACUUUUUCUUGCAGCCAAAGUGGAGGAGCAACCAAGAAAGCUGGAAUAUGUAAUAAAAGUCGCAAAUAUAUGCCGCAACCCAAGAGAUACAAAUAUAGAUUUAAAUUCAGAAAGGUAUAUAACCCAAUCUCAGGAUUUAGUGUUCAAUGAGAAUGUGCUGCUGCAAACCUUAGGAUUUGAUGUCGCCAUUGAUCAUCCCCACACUCACGUUGUAAGGUGCUGUCAUUUAGUAAGAGCUAGUAAGGAUUUAGCUCAGACAUCAUAUUUUAUGGCAAGUAAUAGCUUACACUUAACGACAAUGUGUAUUCAAUAUNCAUAUACAUCUUGUUUGACCUCUCUUGGUUAUUUGUGUAUACAUUAG